ACUCGAACACCAUUCUCUAGUCCAGUGCAUCGUUAAAACCGACACUUGCGGCGGUUUGGGAAGUGGAACAUUUUCGUGGCCUGGCUACCUGGCCGUCGUCCCAAGUCCCCCAAGUUUCACAGAGAUGACGAGUUUUGACGAUAUGGUCCCUGCCAAAACCACGUGGGGACCAGGAGACGGUAAUAGAUGAAGCCGAAAUUUCAAACUGCCACAGAGGUUGGCGGCAAUUGGGUUUUUUGGGGCAUUUUUAUCUUUUGUUAUCUCAUCAUCCAUGCCCGUUGUUUCUGUGGAUUCGAUAAGCUUCUCUAUAUUCAAACCGAUUCUCUAACUAUCUCGCUCACGGUGGCGACAGCGGCACUUGGUGGAGCUAUCAUCGAAUAGAGUGAAAAUGAACCCCUUACAACAGGCAUGCGUUACACCAAGUAGUUGCUGCAGAAGUGUCGAGAGACAAGGCUUAACUAAGUAGCCUCUCAGCCAAUAGGGAGGCGAGAUCUUUUUGUAGAUCUCGUCCAUUGCCGCAAAGUGUGCCCGAUUCACAGGGGUUCUCAAUCAUAAUUGUUACGAUAUCGAAGAGGAACCCUACC